AUGUUAGUACCUACUAGUAAUCGUAAUGAUAAAAAUUUUAACAACAAAUACAUUUCUCUUUUAGGACCUGAGAGCCGUCAAAAACUAUUAGAAGGUAUUCAUGCAAUAUCGGAUAUGGUUUCAACCACAUUGGGACCACAAGGUAAAUGCGUACUAUUAAAUGAUGAAGCAAAUAAUAUAAGAUUAACUAAAGACGGAGUUACAGUGGCUAGGAAUUUUUUUAACGUAGAUCCAAUAAAAAACACUGGAGCUCAACUGAUUAAAAAUAUAGCUAGUGAAGUCAACAAUAAAAGUGGUGACGGAACGACGACAACAACGGUUUUAGCCUGCAAACUUCUUUCGUUAUAUAACAAAACAAUUCUGGAAGGGCACAAUUCAAAUGAAUUGAGAAAACAGUUAGCUGAAGCUAGUUCAAUAGUUACAGAAUUCAUCUCUAAUUAUGUGAAAAUUGCAAAUAAUAAGGAUAUAUAUAAUAUUGCUUUGAUUAGUUCAAAUAAUCAUAAAAAUAUUUCUGAAAUACUAUAUAAAAUUUACAGUGAAUUAGGUCAUGACGCAGUUAUAACUAUUAACAACUAUCCUGCAAAUAAAGACAAUGUGAGUUUUACAGAUGGAUAUUCAAUAGAUCACGGGUUUUCUUCGUCUUUUUUUAUUAACAACUUCAAACUAAAUCAAUGCGAUCUAUCUGGAUCCGUUAAUAUACUUUUAUCCAAUUCAGAAUUAACUUCGAUGAAUUCUUUGAUAGAAGUCUUUGAACAUAGUUUGAAAACGAAUAAGCCUUUAUUAAUAAUAACAAAGUCGAUUUCAGAUGAAUUGUUAGAAACUAUAAUAGUUAAUAAAUUGAAACAUCAACUCGAUGUUUGUGUUAUUAAAUUAGAAGAAUCUGAUUUAAACAAAAUAGAUGUUUUAAACGAUAUAUCAGUUUUAACUGGUGCUACUAUCGUUAAUCCUAUGUCUAAGAAUGUCAUCUCCAUAGAAAGUUUAGGUCAACUUAAAGAAGCUAUUGUCACUAAAAAUUCGUGUACGAUUAUAUCUGGGAAUGGAGAUAAGGACAAAAAAGAAAUGUAUAUUAACGAUUUGACUUCAAGUUUAAAACACACGAAAGAUUUGUCUAAAAAAAUAAAACUGGAUAAAAGAAUUGCAAAACUGAAAAAUAAAAUUGCAAAAAUUGAUUUAGAAGCAGCCAAUCAAUUAGAAUUCGGUGAAAUUUAUGACCGUGCAGAAGAUGCCAUCAAUGCAGUCAAGACAGCAAUCAAAUCUGGGAUUCUACCUGGUGGUGGAGUUAUGCUUUAUAUGGCAUCGCUUUAUCUAGACGAAAUAAAUAAAAAUUUAAAUAAACAGGGAUAUUCAAUUUUAUCAGAGGCUUUAAAAACACCUAUCGAAACCAUGCUUAGAAACGCAAAUCUGAAAAUUAAUGAAACCUUAGAAAAAAUUAACUAUCUUAAUAAACCUAUUGAAAGUAAAAAUGGUGAUUUUAUUGGAAUUAAUUUCAAAAACAAUGAAUAUGUAAAAAUGAUUGACAAUGGCAUAAUAGAUCCAGCUGAUGUUGUGCUGGAUUCGAUCACUAAAUCAGUAAAUUUAGCUAAUCAAUUCUCUAGUAUUAACGGAUUAAUAUAUUCUAAUGUUUAA